UACUAAAUAUUCUUUUUACAUCAUCAGCACUUUCUUCCUCGCGCUCCGUCAAAACAAGAUGGCGGAUGAAGAAGACGAGGAUGUUUUGGAUUCUUGGGAAGAUGCCGCAGACUCUGGGGAUUUGGAGAGACGUAUGGAAGAAAGAGAACGCAAUUUGAAAGAAGGAGAAGAAGAAAUGAUGUGUUCUGAACAAGGCUCUAUAACAAUUUUGAAAUCAGAAAACACUGGAAGAACUGAGUACACACCUCAGAUUAAAAUUUUGAAGAGGUCAGGUUUGAAUAAUGUGAAGACCAACAAGCCUAAAAAUAAAACAGAAGCAGAGCUUAAAAAGGCUUUGAAAAUGCGUGAAGCCGAGUACCAAGCUGCACGGAAUCGCAUACUUGGUGAAAAUUAUGAUGAAACAAAGGCGAGAUUAGAACAAGAUGACGUUAAAAUAUCAAUUAUCAAAAAUACAACUCGCGCAUCACCCAACUCGCCAUCAUCACCAGUGAAAGUUUUAACUCCGCCUGAGAAAAUAACUCCCAAAGCAUCAGAUUAUGUGAUCCGCCAACCUAGUGGACCAGACGAAACACAAGGGUUUAAAUUAUCAAGAUGAUAACGAAGAAAAAAAUAUAACGUGGUAGUUUGUCUAUAGCUCGUCGACGGGUUGGUCGAAAUAGUUUGAGGAGUUGAUAUAGAUGGAUCAUAUUGAAGAAUUGAUAUAGAUUACCACGUAUCGAUUUCGAAAAGAUUGCGCCAGGCGAACCCGGAAAUAAAGCAUGCUGGAUAAUAGCAGCACCCACAAAGCUUUGAGUUUUGUUCAGAUGCUAAAGAAACUUGACACCAUAAAAAGUAUAAGAAGUAGCAUCUUGGUACGCUUCUUUUUUUAAAUUGACCGAGAUCGAUAUUUUUAUGAUUAAAGUUAUUCAAUCGUUAAUGACAAUUAAAAAACUUGCAAUAAGGCAAGUCCCAACCAGUAGAUUUUGAAUGGACGUUAGACAAUUGUUCAACUAUAUAUCUGCUCGCUAUUUUAAAGUCGUGAUUUUCGCUUCGAACAAAAUCAAAACAACUGAAAACAGGCCAAAAUGCGUGCUAGGUGUCUGCUAAAAACGUUUGAGAGAAAAAAGGAGUUUCCUGUUAGAGGAAUAUUGGUUUUGUGACGAUUUGAUUUGUCAAGCUUGCGCGUAGUGAAAAAUUUGACCAAAAGAAAAAUUUGAGAGCAGAAAUGAAAUUUUAUCUCUUAUUAAAGAAAGGUGGAAACGAAAAAUUCAAUCUUUUUUUCUAGAGAAAUAUAGAUCCAAGCCUCAGCGAAUAUAAUUUAAGAUUUUGAAAAAAGCCUAAAAUUAAUGCUUAACAAAAAAAAAUCUUUCUCAGGGUAUCUGCCGGAAAUGUAAAACCUUGAAAUCGGACUAAAUAACAUUGAAAUUCUUGAUUACCCACGAUAAUAACCUUGAAAGAUAAAUAUUUUUCGAAAAAUUUCUGUCUGAUUAUGAAACUUUACCAUUUAACAGGAUGUUGUGUUUAUACUUUUCCGUAACACUGCUGUUGUAUCUACAUAUUUUUCUUGCGUGCAUCGGAAUGUUGAAAUAUUGCAAAAAUUAUAUAAAAAAAAAUUGGGAAACGUGAAAGAAUAGUGAAACAAAUUGGAAUUCUAAAAAACACGUUGGCAGACGCCCUGUUUAAGUUUUCCUUGUUUUCAAGCUAAUUUCGCCUGCCUGCAUUAAAUUUUGAAUUCGUGAGUAAUUUCUUUGUCUAGAAAAUCUUUUUUUUUUAUUCGUUUCUUGUAAUCUUAUAUUUUGUAAAUAUUUUUAUACCACGAGGUUAUGGUUACAGAUUACGAAAAACAUUUUGUCCCCAACCGAAAGAACUGGAUUGUUUAACAAAAAAUUGGGAGUUCGGAAUAUCACGGAGUACAUAAUAUCUGCUUGCGCUUGAUUUUUUAUCACGUAAACGCUGUUUUGGGCCAAAUGUGGUCCAAAUGUUAAAACUGCUUCGUAGACGACAAAAUUAUAUGACAAAUAGCAAGGAAGCUACAUCUUUUUAAUAUUAAGUGACUAAUAAUUAUUUGUUUGGAUUUACCAUGAAAUUAGUUUCUUAGAGUUAUACGCCGGUGUUUGAAAUGUAAAAUUAUUUUCUAAUGUUCAAAUAAAAUGCAUGGGUAUUAAA